AUGUCGAGUGCCUCGCACUCGCUGAGAGCAAACGGGAAUCACGGCCCGAAAUCAUCGCAGGAUGCGAGCACUGCAAAUCCACCAGACAUCGCCGCGCUCAUUGCAGCUGCGGGGUCGCCCGAGGCCGCGUUGAUGUCUUUGUGGAAGGAAAAGCAGAGCGCAUCCAGCCAUAGCACUCAGCUUUGGCGGCUGGUCGAGAAACAACGGGCCAUGAUCAUUGGUCUGCAGAAGGAUUUGGAGCGGACAUUGAAGGAGAAAGACCGUUACCGGAAGAGACUUCGAGACUACACCAACCAAGUACCACCGAUACCCGGCGCGCCGCAAAGGUCCGACACGUUUGAUUCUGUCGUGGAACGUGAGGAGAGCCAGUCGCCGGCCCCCAGCGAGAGGCAGGAGGACUUUGCCAAGCCCACCAACGUAACAAAACCCGCCGAACACAAAGCAUCGCCACUUACACAAGAAACGUCUGCAGCUCAGUUGCUCCCGGACUCACAGCUAGCUCAGUCACCGACCCAUUCGUCGGAUGCCCACACUUCGUCUAAUCCUGUUUCGGUAGUGAACUCCCCGACCGAUUAUUCUGUGAAACCACUUCUUAUCGCCAACAAAGGCCUUGGACUGAGUACUGCCUUGGUCGAGGGUGACCCUAUCGUAGAAUCACCUACCGAGUCUCCCGAAGCCACGACAUCUCUGCGGAAAGCCUCUGCCGCCGCUGAAGGCGGUCUACAAGCGCCUCAGCUCUCCCUGACUCAGGCAACACCGGUGAUCGGGGGAGAUGGUUUCGAAGCGCCAGUAUCGAAACCUACGCAAGCAUUACGAAAGGCGCCACCGGCUCCGCUUAACUUGUCCAAACCCGUCAAGACGAGCGCACACUUACUCCAGGCAGAUCCGGGGGAGCACGACGACUCCGAUUACGAUGACACUCUAGAGAUAGAUGAGAUUCCGAUCGUCGAGCGAGGCAGGCGCAAGACGCGUGAGGAAGAUGACAGGAUGCGGGAUGUCAUAGCGCUAAAAGAAGAAGGAACUCGUAGCAUGUCGAAGAAGAAGAAAAGUGAGAGCAAAUCAAAAGUCUCUUCCCCCGAACCCAAAGAGGGCGCUGAGCAGCCGUCAACAGCUAGCCUAUCGCCUCGACAGUUCAGUCCUCUCCAAGCCGGUCUUCCGUUGUCCCCACGACAUCCGCCUGCCAAUUCUCUCAAUGCUCUUCUCAGCCCCGCCAACUCGGAUAGCUCCAUGGUUGCCCAGCGGAGCAUUGUUUCCUCGCCUCUUAUGAGCCCAGGCCUACCGACAAGUCCUCGCCCGGGAGACAGACCGCUUGGAUCGCCAUUGCCGAGAAACCCGAAACAGACACCCGUUUCGCCUCCAAUGUCUCCAAGGAGCAUCCCUAAUGGAAUGCCCCCACCAGCAACGCGGGCGCCGCGACAACCGGUUCCGCUCCCACCAAACACGCCUCAAUCAUACACGUCACCCCAAACAGCACGACCGGAAGCGCCUGCUCAAGCGAAACAACAAACGCUGGGCUCGGAUCUCUUGAAGCCUUCUUCGGCUCAGCUAAGCCCAGAGACGGGCGAUUUAUCGAGCUCAGAACAUGUCCAUCGUGGCCUCGUGUCCGAUCAAUACCCUGGUCUAUUGCUUCCCCCCAAUGCCCUGCCGUCCAUUGAAGUAAAGGUGUCGUCUUCCCGGCUUAGACCCUCUCGUAUGAGCUUUCUCGCACCCAGACCCCAAGAAGAGGACCCUGUUUUCCACCUCGCAAUCUAUGCACGAUCCGAUGGGAAGCAGCUAUGGCGUAUGGAGAAAACGAUCGUGGCCCUGCCAGCUUUAGACGCGCAAUUGAAGUCGUUAAGUGAUUUCUCUGGGAAGCUCCCAGAUCGAGCCUUGUUCAGCGGCCAUGCGCCUGCAAGAGUUGAUGCACGAAGAGUGGCUCUGAACCAAUACUUUGACACUAUUUUAGAGACACCAAUGAACGAGCAGGCCGCCCUUGUCGUUUGCGAUUUUUUCUCUACGGAUGUAAUGGGUGCUCAAAUUGGGGACACUCUGGCUCCUGAGCCAGCAGCUCCGCAAGCUGUACCCGCACCCAAGGGUAGACAGGUCAAAGAGGGGUAUCUCACCAAGCGUGGAAAGAAUUUUGGUGGUUGGAAAGCGCGCCACUUCGUACUCGAUGGUCCUGAAUUCAGGUAUUAUGAAGUGGCAGGUGGUGCGCAUCUGGGCACCAUCAAGCUCCUGAACGCUCAGAUCGGGAAACAAUCCCAACAGCAGACCAAUCAGUCUCCACAACGGCGUGAUGAUUCGGAGGACAACCAGUAUCGGCACGCUUUCCUGAUUCUAGAGCCAAAGCGGAAGGACUCGUCAAGCCUGGUACGUCAUGUUCUUUGUGCAGAAAGCGACGAGGAAAGAGACGCGUGGGUCGAAGCUUUGCUGCAGCAUGUCGAUUUGCAAGAAGAGUCUUCCCCAAUUGAGGGGCAAGCACCGGCACACGCUAGACCUGCGGUGCUCACCAAGACCCAAGGGAAAGAUUCAUCGCGAUCCGGAAGAAAGGAGAGUCCUGAACAAGAUAAGUCCGGUAGAGUGCAGGCUUUAAGCUACGAGGAUACAAUUGCCGCAGAAGCACCAAUGCGUGGUCCCAGCCAUAGGGAAGCUAAGGAUGCCCACGGUCAAUCCCCAAAGAGUGGAUCCUUUUCAAAUGAAGCCCUUCGGCACUACCCCUCCAUCUCCGGUCCAACCAAUGGCGCACCCAUUCAGAACCUCGAGAACUGGGGAAACAAGCCAGUAGCUGUUCCAACGGCUACUAAAGACAAAAAGCGCAGCAUCUUUGGCUUCAGCUCGAGACCCCGUGGUCCAGAUCCCAUACCCGACCCCUCCAUGAAUCAACAACGCGCGCCAGAUCGUCUCAUCCAGCAGAACCGCAAUGUGUUCGGAAUCCCAUUGGCAGAAGCUGUGGAGUACACUCAGCCUAUAGGACUCAACGAUCCGCUUCCGUCCGUUGUAUAUCGUAGUCUGGAAUAUUUGAGAGCGAAAAAUGCCAGCAGCGAGGAAGGCAUAUUUCGUCUCAGCGGUUCUAACAUAGUAAUCCGCGCGCUCCGUGAACGUUUUAACACCGAAGGAGACGUGAAGCUCUUGGACGGCCAAUACUACGACAUCCACGCUGUUGCGUCUUUAUUGAAGCUGUUUCUGCGCGAGCUUCCCGCGUCGAUUUUGACCCGUGAACUGCAUCUAGACUUUCUUAAGGUCCUCGACCUUGAUGAACGUUCGAAGAAGAUACAAGCUUUCAACGUUCUGGUUCACAGAUUACCGCGCGUGAACUUUGAACUCUUACGACAUAUGUCCUCUUUCCUGAUCGAGAUCGUGGAGAAUGCUGGUGUCAACAAGAUGACUGUCCGAAAUGUUGGAAUUGUUUUUGCUCCUACUUUGAACAUUCCAGCACCGCUCAUAUCAUUCUUCUUGACAGACUAUCAAGACAUUUUCGGCGUGCCUGUUGAGGACACAAGCCUUCCUCAUCAAGACGUCCGCACGACUAGUUAUCCCGUUGACGAAACUCGAUCGCCUGGACAGCAAACGUUUCCUGACGGUCCUUCUCUUGCGUAUAAUGAUAGCCCAUUCCAACCGCAAGUGGCUCUCAACCAACAACAAUGGAACGGGCGACCACCGUCUGCCUUCCCUAUGAGUAGUGCCCCAGCCUAUCCGCCACCGCAGCCACCUCAGCAGCAGCAACAGCAUUACGCCCAACAUGCUGGCUACGACACCGGCUUUGUGCCGGUUCGUCCCAGGUAUGACUCGCCAAGCUACGAACAGCAAUAUCAAAGUGCAGACGCGUAUGGCAGUCUGAACCUGAACAGCGCAAGGCAGCCUGGGAGCGCACGUGAACAAAAGCAAAAGCGCCGUGAGAGUUCAAUGCUUCUGAUGAACGUGGGCAUGGGCCAACGGAAGGGCUCCAACGGCUCCAACCCGCCUCGUCACCGGGAGGAGCUCCGCGGCAACCCCAUGCUGAUUCGUGAGGAGACCGCUUUCGAUUGA